UUAACAGGAAGCCAAUGAAGGGAAGCCAGUGGCGUGACUGCACGGACUGAACUGCGAGAUAAUCUGCGCAUGCGUCGCUCGUUCCAAGUUUCUUUUGGAAAAAAGGAUCAAAUACGCAGCGGGCACCAUGAACACAGUGGAAUAUCUUCAACAACAGAACCACGAAAGUCUUCUUUCUGAGAAAAACCCGGAAAUGAAAUUCCACGCAGUCCUUCAACAGGACAAAGAAGGUGUAAACCAAACUGCUGUAUUGCCACCUGAUGUCCAGAAGGUUUUGGUGAUUAAAGAAGAAAUUCCCUUUGACUGGAGCUUCGGUGUGGACCAUCAGCACCAGGAGAUCCUCCAAAUAAAGGAGGAACAGGAAGAACUCCUGACCAGUGUGGGGGGAGAGCAUCUUAACGGGUCGGAGGAAGCUGAUAACACCAGGUUCUCAUUCGCUGUUGCCACUGUGAAGACUGAAAAUGAUGAUGAUGAGAAAACUCAGACUUCAGAUCUCCACCAGAACCAACAUGACUACAACAGAGAGACUAAUCGGAUAAAAGCAGAAACUGAUGGAGAGGACUAUCCAGGAGCAGAACCAGCUGGAAACCCAAAUCUAAAGAUUUGUGCAGAGCUGAAAGCAAAUGGAAACGCUUCUGAUUCUUCUGAAACUGACAUCAGUGACGGCGAUGAUGAUUGGCAGGAACCGUUAUCCUCUCCUGGACCUGAAACAAAAACCAGCGAUGGAGAUCAGAAGGAGACGCCUGUGCCUCACUUUCCUAACAGUGUUAACACUGAAAGGUUUACGCAGCAGCCUUACAUAAGACUCUACCCACAAAAGAAGCCGUUCAGCUGUGAUAUUUGUGGUAAAAAGUUCACUCGCAAAAUGCACGUUAAAACACACAUGAGGACCCACACGGGAGAAAGACCCUUUGGUUGUGACGUCUGUGGUGAGAGGUUUGCACAGGAGGGGAACUUGCGGAGUCACCUGAGAGUGCACACGGGGGAGAAACCAUUCAGCUGCGACGUCUGCGGUAAAAAGUAUAGACAGCAGGGUGUUCUGAGGACACACAUGAGAACUCACACAGGGGAAAAACCGUUUGGGUGUAAGUUUUGUGGAAAGCAAUUUAGCCAACAGACUCAUCUCAAGGCACACAUCAGAAUCCACACUGGAGAGAAACCUUAUCAGUGUAACUUCUGUGCCAGCAGCUUCAGCCAGAAGAAGCAUUUUGAUGAGCACACCAGACGGCACACUGGAGAAAAACCGUUCGGGUGCGAUUUUUGUGGAAAACGGUUCUACCGGCAGGAGUAUCUGAAGAGUCACGUUACGAUCCACACAGGAGAGAGACCGUUUGGCUGUGAUGUUUGUGGAAAAACCUUCAAUCGAAAGACACGAUUUAAGGCUCACAUGACGCUUCACAAGUGUUAGAAGCUGCAUUAUUUCAGGGUUCAUUGUGAAGGAUACAUUACCCAAGUGCCUUGGUAAGGACCACACAGAGUUUUUAAAUAUUUUAAGUUUUUUAAAUGCCUUCAAUCUGAUUUUGAUGAGUCCUACAAAUGUAUUGAAUUGUCAAGUCAGCUUUUAAGAAGUUGCUUUGCAGAAACUGCAGUUAAUGGAGUGUUGUUUAAAAAGUGUUUUGGCAGUAAAUCUGAAUCAAGCUUCUGUUAAUGUUGCUUUCAUGAGAAAGUACAUGUAUAAAUCAGAGAUUUGCUUUACAAAAGUAAAUGAAAGCCCUUUGUACCGUCCGGAGUCAUGUACAGCUGUGUCCAUAAAUAUUUGGAUAGUAGAAGAUGUCUUUGUACACCAGCACAGUGGAUUUUAAAUCAAUCGAUAUGCGAUUGGAGGUUGACUUUCACCUUUAAUUCAAGAGGUUGUACAAAAAAACGUUCAGGAAUCAUCACCAUUUUAUACUUGUGCCCUAUUUUCAGAGGCUCAAAACUGGACAACUUAACAUAAAUGUAAUUCUAAGCAUUGUUUUUAAUACUCGGAUGAAAAUCCUUCUCAGUUGAAAUAUGAAGAAACACUGAAUGCAACAAUUAAUUGUCUUACAUUGAUUUAUUUUAUAUAUAUAUUUGAAGUCUUUUACUUGCCUGCGUGCAAUAAAUAAGGAAUUAAGAAAGAAAAAACAAGUCUUUGUGUGUCUGUUUUUACACUGAAAAGUACUUCAGAGUGCUCAGGAUGUGCUCUCAGUGAGUAUGCCCCUCCUUGGGUUGGUUGGGUUUGUGUUUAGUCAACCAAGCUGGGCUGUGGAGGUCAAAUGUGCUCAGGUACAAUAUUUGAUAUUUAAUUGUCAAAGUCAAGCACAUACCUUGCUUUUAUCAGCUUCAUUGUAUUUGAAGCUUGAGUGGAAUGCAACUGAUUAGAAAUAACAUCUGACUGAAAUUAAUUUGGAAAUUUAAUUUCACUGUGUGGAGGAAACCUUUGCUGAGGAGCCAUUAAGAUAUGUAAAUGAAAGCAAUUUAUCCUCUUUUCUCAUGAUUGGCAGUAUUUAUUUUCAAUGAAAAUAAGUACAAUGAUAAAAACAUUUAUCCAGAAAAGGAACUAAUUUCUGCGAGGAGUCAGUGAGGUGGUUCACCAUCUGACUGGGAUGCCUCCUAGGUGAGCGCUUCAGGCACAUCCCACUGGAGGAUGCCAGCUGAGGGACUCUCCCAGCUGGCUUGGGAACACCUCGGUGUCCCCCAGAUGAACUGGAGGAGGUCUGAGCAUCACUGCUAAGGCUGCUACCCCCAUGACCCUGACAUGUGUAAAGGGAGAAAAAAUAGAUGCAUGGAAUUUGCAAGGCCUACCCAGUAAAAUAUUGAUUUUGAACAAUUCCUAAGUUAAAUAGACGUCCUCUUAGUCCACCAAUCUGUAGCUACCAAUGUGCUGUAUAUCAGAAGAUGCCUUUCUGAAAACAAUGAGGAUAAAUAUCAUAAAUAUAGAUGUGUCUAUUUUGUACUGUUGUGAAAUCUUUUGGUAAAUAAAACCAGAAAUAAAAGGAAGUGACAGAAAAGGUGUUGUUUCCAG